GAAUAUAAGGUUAUCCGACCAACAAUUCGGCGAUCCAGGCGAAAUAGAUAUAUUGUUAGGAGGAGGAGUAUUCUGGGAUUUGUUGUGCGUCGGACAAAUCAAGUUGGGCAGAGGCUUGCCGAUUUUGCAGAAAACAAAGCUUGGAUGGAUCGUGGCAGGAGGCUCACCCAUCAUCGGUAGCCAAUCAAACGGAAAGAGUACGGCGCUUUGUACGAUAAUCAGAGAUACAGAGUUAUUACAACAAAUCGAACGUUUCUGGACUGUGGAGGAAGGGCCGUCGCAGAUAAUUAAGGCAAAGUUAACAAGAGAGGAAUCGUUAUGCGAAGAAGAAUUCCGGGAUACACAUUAUCGUAUGGCCGACGGGAAAUUUGUGGUGCGCCUUCCCUGCCGAGAGGAACCCGAUUGCUUGGGAGAUUCACGAGAGUUUGCAUUGAAGCGACUACAUUCGAUAUUACGAAGAUUAGAUCGAGACCCGAAAUUAAAAACUCACUACACAGAAUGCGUACAGGAAUAUUUAAAAUCAGGACAUAUGUCAAGGGUGCACAGAAACGCGGAAUCCACAAACGAAAUAGCUUAUUAUUUGCCGCAUCACGCCGUGGUGAAGGAAGAAAGAACAACUACGAAGUUAAGAGUAGUCUUUGACGCAUCCUGUAAGACGACCACCGGCAAAUCGCUAAAUGAUAUUCUAAGGAUCGGUCCGACUAUACAAUCAGAAUUAUUUGAAAUUAUCUUGCGUUUUAGACAACAUCAAUAUGUACUCACGGGAGAUGUUGAGCAGAUGUAUAGGCAGAUUUACGUAGACCCGAAACAACGGAAUUUACAGCGGGUUUUGUGGAGAAACGAUUCGACUUCACAAAUUGAGGAGUUCGUAUUAAACACCGUGACGUUUGGAGUCGCAUCGGCUCCAUUCUUAGCG